AUGUGUACAGUAUGGGUUUUCGAAAGCAAAACUUCAAGGCCUCUGCCACAAAUGCGAAACAAACCGGAAAUACCUUUAUAUGGAUACGAAGAACCCAAAGUUAUUCCAGAAGGUCGAUGUUCUCUUAAGCAAGCUUUGGAAUUCAUUUCAAAACAUCAAAAUGAUCCAGAUACUCAUUCAGUAAAAUUUAUUGCUGAGAAGUACAAUAUGAAAGAAUCUGAUGUUCAAAAUGUACUUGAAAAUUUCCGAGCUUUCGAAAUGCAUGUUUCAAGAGAUGGGAAGCUAAAAAUUGCCGAUUCAGAGGUGACAUUGUUAGGAGCUAGAAAAAUAAUACAGCCACUAUAUAAAUCAAAAUUUUCCAACAUGCAGCUGGAUGCUGUAGUUGACUCUAAAGAUGAAAAGAAGUGA